AUGGCGCUCUCUGCCUCGAUGCUCCGGCUGCUGAUCGUGGUCUUUGUCGCCCUCGGCAGCGUGACCUAUGGCUACUGUGCCAGCAUCAUCGGCACCACACUCGGACAGCCCUCCUUCAUCUCCUACUUCGACCUCGAUACGCGACCAAACGCCAGCGGCCUCAUUGGAGCUACCAAUGGCCUCUUCCAGACCGGAGGGCUCUUCGGGACGUUGUCCUGCAUGAAGUCUGCUGACUGGCUGGGUCGUCGAAAGGCUUUGUUCUUCGCGAGUAUUGUUACGACCAUCGGAGGAGCUUUGCAGGCCGGUAGCGUGCAUAUCGCCAUGUACAUUGUGGCUCGCCUGAUAACUGGACUCGGCAUUGGUGCCCUCGUCACUCUUGUCCCUCUCUACCAAAGCGAGGUCGCCCCGCCCAAGAUCCGUGGCUUACUGGUGGGCGUCCACGGCAUCAUGAUCUGUGUCGGAUACACCUCCGCCAGCUGGAUCGGCGUGGGUUUCUACUUUGUGCAAGCGGCCGGAGCCCAGUGGCGCAUCCCUCUCGCAGUGCAAGCGGUCUGGCCGGCAUUGCUGGCCAUGGGAGUCCUGUUCCUGCCAGAGUCACCCCGUUGGCUUCUUGACCACGACCGCUUCGACGAGGCGUAUGCGUCGUUCAAGAGAGUGCGUGCCGAGACGUCGGACAGCUUCCUGAACGACGAAGACGCCAUCCGUGCCGACUUCACGGUGCUCCACUCUCAGAUCAUGGAGGAGAAGAAGGAACAACUGUCAACGCUGGAUCUGUUCCGGUUGCCCGGGUAUCGCAAGAGAGUGGGCAUCGGCUUCAUCAUGAUGGUUGGCGCACAGGCGACGGGGACGCAGAUCAUUAACAAUUAUGGGCCGAUGCUGUACAAGAAUCUCGGCUUCGGCACCGUUCAGCAGCUCAUCAUCCAAGCUGGCUGGAUUUCGGUGUCUCCGUUCGGCAACGGCAUCAACGCCCUCUUCGUGGAUAAAGUCGGCCGUGUCAAGAUGUUGAUCAUCGGCAUGUCCGGGUGCGUGCUCGCCCUGGUCGGCGAAGUCAUCACGCUGUCCCAGUUCCAAGAGCACGGCAGUCGUGGUGCGGCCAGUGCGGCCAUCUUCUUCCUGUUCCUGCACGUCGCCCUCUUCGCCAGCACCAUCGAUGCGACGUCGUACAUCUAUGCGUCCGAGAUAUUCCCCACACCCGUGAGGGCCAAGGGCCUGUCGCUGUCCAUUUCGGGCCUGUUCCUCACGGCUCUGGCCCUGUUGCAGGGCGCGCCCACGGGAUUUGCGGACAUCGGCUGGAAAUACUACCUGGUAUGCAUUGGCGUGACGUCGGCGGUUAUCGUGGUGAUAUGGUGGAAGUUUCCAGAGACCAAGAUGAUGUCCCUCGAGGAGAUCGGUGCCCUUUUCGCCGACUCGCCCAAGCCGGCGGGAGAGAGAGUCGAUGUCAAGGUGGCACGCAAUUCCUCGGACGUAGAGUCUGAGAAGGACAGCAGUCACGUCCAAGUAGAGCGUGUCCAGACGUGA